AUGGAAACAGGUAGUUUCCCAGAUUCUUGGGGUAGAAGUAUUAUUUGUCCUGUACACAAAUCUGGAUCGACUGGUAAUCCAGGAAAUUAUCGGGAUAUUUCUAUAACAAAUGUCACGUAUAUGAUAUUUUCAGGUGUUGUGAAUAAGCGACUUUAUGACUGGGCUGAAAUGAACAGUAAAAUUGAUGAAUCUCAGGCUGGUUUUCGGCAUGGGUACUCUGCGGUAGACAAUAUAUUUCCAUUACAAGCAAUGCAAACUGUAGCAACAGCAGUUAAACUACGUAGAUAUGUUUUGUCAGAGUACUGGUAUGGAGCUGAAGGGGUCGACAUUGAAGACACGUAA